GCUAAAAUAUACAUAUACGGCGUUUAUAGUCAAUACUACAGCUGCUUUUACCAUGGGGGCUAUUAAUGUUUGUUACGUAACUUUGUCAAUAAUUGCAGCCUUUGUUUUUAUGACAAAUGCUUUUUACAUUGACGACAGCCGUACGAGUAGAGAUAUUGGUAUUCCUGACGGUGAUGUUCGUGGUGUUCGUCAUUCUUUGAAAAUCUUUUCUACCGAUGACUCUACUAACGAAAUCCCAGACGAUGAUCGUCCUUUUGAUGAGCCACCCUCAGACGAUAACCCUGAUGAAUCAUCCAGAGGUGAUGACACUCAAUCAGACGAUGAAUACAGUACAUCAUCUGAUUCUCCUUCAGAUGAAGACUAUUAUGAAGAUAUAUCAACAACUUCAAUAUAUGACUCUGAAGAGAAUUACGAGUCCAGUGAUGAGUCAGAGGAGACAUCAGAUGAAGAAGAUGAUACCGAUGAUUAUGAAGAGUAUUACGAGUACAGCGAUGAGUCAGAGGAGACAUCAGAAGAGGAAGAUGAUACCGAUGAUUCUGAAGAUUAUUACGAGUACAGCGAUGAGUCAGAGGAGACAUCAGAAGAGGAAGAUGAUACGAAUGAUUCUGAAGAAUACGAGUCCAGUGAUGAGUCAGAGGAGACAUCAGAAGAGGAAGAUGAUACGAAUGAUUCUGAAGAAUACGAGUCCAGUGAUGAGUCAGAGGGGAUAUCAGAUGAAGAAGAUGAUACGGAUGAUUAUGAAGAGUAUUACGAGUACAGCGAUGAGUCAGAGGAGACAUCAGAAGAGGAAGAUGAUACCGAUGAUUCUGAAGAUUAUUACGAGUACAGCGAUGAGUCAGAGGAGACAUCAGAAGAGGAAGAUGAUACGAAUGAUUCUGAAGAAUACGAGUCCAGUGAUGAGUCAGAGGAGACAUCAGAAGAGGAAGAUGAUACAAAUGAUUCGGAGGAAUACGAGAUCAGCGAGGAGUCAGAUGAGGCAUCAAGAGAGGAAGAUGAUACAAAUGAUUCAGAAGAAUACGAGAUCAGCGAGGAGUCAGAGGAGACAUCUGGAGAAGAAGGUGAUAUAAGUCCUGAAUUGACGGAGCACGAUAACUGGGAGCUCUUGGACAACAAAGGCCACUGUGGUAGGAGGCAGCCUCCCCCCACCGACAAGACUAUUGGUGGCCAGAACGCCAGACUGGCAGAGUACCCUUGGAUGGCUCGACUCAUAUACAGAGGCAAGGAUGACAGUGAAAUGGGAGCCUGUGGUGGAUCUGUGAUCAGCAACCGCUACGUCCUCACUGCUGCUCACUGCUGCCCAGACGAAGAUUCGGAUCCUCUGGUUAUUGUGAGGCUUGGCGAGUAUGACGUACACUACCCAUAGGACUGUUUCCAAUCAGAGUUAGUCAUGUA